ACAUCCACCCCUUGCACAGAUAUCAUCACUCAUACAAAAAGGUCAUUUUGGAGACAUUGUGUAGAACAAGUAGAGCUUGUCUCUGAGCAUGCCCCCUCUGCCGUGUCAGGGGUCUGCACAUGAGACUUACUGAUUGAUGAACAAUAAGCCGUGUGACUGACAAACUCCACUACAGCAGUGCAGUCCCAUGCACCGGGACACGCAGACUUUGCCAGUCCAUUACCUCCACUUUCCCGUCCCGCAAGGACAAACCCCAUCCACUGACCUGAAGCAGAUCACUUUUAGCCGCAUGUUCUUUCAGUUUUAGUCGUUGUGAGUUUUAUUUUUUUUUCUCCACUUGGAACACUUUUAAAACACCUCCUCAAAAGGAUCGCCUCCUUCCUAGAAACCAAGUGGGUCCACUCCACCCCAGCUCCACGGCCAGUGCUGCUGACAUGGCUCUAAACAUUGCCUCGAUACGGGACACAAAAUGGCUGACCCUGGAAGUGUGCCGGCAGUUUCAGAGAGGGACUUGUUCACGCAGCGAUGAGGAAUGCAAAUUCGCCCAUCCGCCCAAAAGCUGCCAGGUGGAGAACGGAAGGGUGAUCGCCUGCUUUGACUCGUUAAAGGGCCGCUGCACGCGAGAGAACUGCAAAUACCUCCACCCGCCCGCUCACCUGAAGACCCAGCUGGAGAUCAACGGGCGAAAUAACCUGAUCCAGCAGAAGACGGCGGCGGCCAUGUUGGCUCAACAGAUGCAGUUCAUGAUCCCCGGCACCACCAUGCAACCCGUGCAGACGUUUCCAGUCAGCCAGGCCCUCGGUUCCGGCGGAGGUUUGAGCUACACGUCGUACCUGACGCCCAUGUCCCACAGCAUGGGCCUGAUGCCCCAAGACAUCAUGCCCAGCAGCCCCUGCAUGGUCCCCGGCAGCCCGCCCAUCUCCGUGACCGGCGGCUCGUCCUCCAACCAGAAACUGCUGCGCACCGACAAGCUGGAGGUCUGCCGCGAGUUCCAGCGGGGCAACUGCGCCCGCGGGGAAACCGACUGCCGCUUCGCCCACCCGAGCGACAGCCCCAUGAUCGACACCAGCGACAACACCGUCACCGUCUGCAUGGACUACAUCAAGAGCCGCUGCUCCCGCGAGAAGUGCAAGUACUUCCCCCCGGCCCACCUGCAGGCCAAGAUUAAGGCCGCCCAGCACCAGGCCAACCAGACAGCUGUGGCAGCGCAAGCCGCCGCCACAGCUGCAGCCAUGACUCAGUCGACUGCCAAAGCAAUGAAGCGACCCCUCGAGGCAACUGUAGACCUGGCGUUCCCCCACGGCGUCCUCCAGCCCCUACCAAAGAGACAAGCACUUGAGAAGAGCAACGGCUCCCUGUUCAACCCCAGUGUUUUGCACUACCAGCAGGCGCUGGCCAACGCACAGCUGCAGCAGCCCACUUUCUUUCCCGCAGGGUCAGUCUUGUGCAUGACUCCUGCUAGCAGUCUUGUCCCAAUGAUGUACAGUGCUACGCCUGCUACUGUCUCUGCAGCAACAACUCCUGCCACAAGUGUCCCCUACGCAGCAACAGCACCAGCCAAUCAGAUUAUCCUGAAGUAAGUUUCAGGAAGGGAAUGGAGUGUCACGAAGCUGCACUAGGAAACCCAAAACAGCCCCAGUGUAAAUACUACUUCACCUCUCCCG